CAAAUCUUACACUUGGUGCUGUACCUACCAAUCUUCCAACAAAGAUCGAAGAAAUGGCCGACGGCAAGGGGGCUGCGGCUGUGAUGUGCACGCCGGCGUUCGCCUCGCGGGUUAUGCGGAGCCGGUGGUACGUGGUGUUCGCGUCGAUGGUUGUGAUGGCGGCGUCGGGGUCGACGUACAUCUUCGCGCUCUACUCCAAGGAGCUCCGGUCGACGCUGGGGUACAACCAGCAGACGCUCAACACCCUGAGCUUCUUCAAGGACCUCGGCACCAACGUCGGCGUGGUCUCCGGGCUGGUGCAGCAGGUGGCGCCGACGUGGGCCGUUCUGCUCAUCGGCGCCGGCAUGAAUCUGGCGGGGUACCUCAUGGUGUACCUCGCGCUGACGGAGCGCACGGCGGCGCCACCCGUGUGGCUCAUGUCCAUCUACAUGUGCGUGGGCGCCAACGCGCUCACCUUUUCCAACACCGGCGCGCUCGUCUCCUGCGUCAAGAACUCCCCGGAGAGCCGCGGCAUCGUCAUCGGCCUGCUCAAGGGCUUCGUCGGGCUCAGCGGCGCCAUCUACACGCAGCUCUACCUCGCCAUCUACGGCGACGACGCCAAGUCGUUGGUCCUCCUCAUCGCGUGGCUUCCGGCCGCCGUGUACAUCUUCUUCGUGCACACCAUCCGCGUCCUGCCAUACCGUCGCCGCGCCGAAGGCGACGAGCCUAACACCAAGCCCUUCUUCUGCUUCCUCUACAUCUCCAUCGCGCUCGCCACCUACCUCCUCGUCAUGAUCGUGGUGCAGAAGCAGGUGCCCACCUUCUCCCACGCCGCGUACGCCGUCGGCGCCACCGUGCUCCUCCUCAUCCUCUUCCUCCCCCUCGGCGUGGUCAUCAAGGAGGAGUACCAGGCCGUGUCACAGCUCGAGGAGUCCCUUCAGCAUCCGCCGGCCAUCGCCGUCGAAGAACCAAAAACAAGCAGCGCGAAAGACGACGACGAUCACGACGAGACGAAGCCGUCAUUUGGCUUCGGCUGCUUCACAAGCAUGUUCAAGCCGCCGGCGCUGGGGGAGGACUUCUCCAUCAUGCAGGCGCUGGUGAGCGUGGAGAUGCUGGUGCUGUUCGUGGUGUCGGUGUUCGGCAUCGGCGGUACGCUGACAGCGAUCGACAACAUGGCGCAGAUCGGGCAGUCGCUGGGUUACCCGGCCAAGAGCAUCAACACCUUCGUCUCCCUCAUCAGCAUCUGGAACUACGCCGGCCGCGUGGGCGCCGGCUACAUGUCGGAGUUCUUCCUCGCACGGUACAGGUUCCCGCGGCCUCUGGCGCUGACGGUGGUGCUCCUCGUCUCCUGCGUCGGCCACCUCUUCAUCGCCUUCGGCGUGCCGCAGUCUCUCUACGCCGCGUCGGUGAUCAUCGGCUUCUGCUUCGGCGCGCAGUGGCCGCUGCUCUUCUCCAUCAUCUCCGAAGUGUUCGGGCUCAAGUACUACUCCACGCUCUUCAACUUCGGCUCCGCGGCGAGCCCCAUCGGCGCGUACGUGCUCAACGUGCGCAUCGCCGGCCGCAUGUACGACGCGGAGGCCGCCAGGCAGCACGGCGGCGUGGCCGCCGUUGGGGACAAGGUCUGCAAGGGGGUGCAGUGCUUCAAGCACGCGUUCCUCAUCAUCACUGGGGUGACGCUCGCCGGCGUGCUCGUGUCGCUGGUGUUGGUGUGGAGGACGAGGAACUUCUACAAGGGGGACAUCUACGCCAGGUUCAAGGUGGCACCGGCCACGGUGGUGGACGGGAGCAACGACGGCCGGGAGAUGGGAGGGAGUAGAGAUGGGGAGGAAGUAAAGAAGGGGAAGAACAAGAAACAGGAAGUUAAUGAGGAGGAGAUUCAAUGAUAACUAGUACUAACUCAUAAUUGUAGUGUUAUCUGUGAUCUAAGCAAAUGUUUAGAGAGGAUGGAGAGUGGAUGAAUAUGGUCAUCUGUAGUACUCCUUGUAGUUGUGGAUGAAUAUGGUUAAUCUGUAGUACGGCUUGUGGAUGUUUCUGUUGUUUUUUGCGAACACGCAAAAUUGCAUUAGAAGAAGGAUGUGACUGAUCCUCAAUGAUUGAGAAUUAACAUCAUUUUCAGUUAAAUAAUAUCAUCGAAUUUUAUA